UCGCUUAUAAGGCGCGUGCACUGUUUAUAUUUUUUAAAUCCUGACAGUUAUUUUUGAUUCGUUAGCCUGUUAGCUUGCUGGAAAAAAAAAAAAAAAUCAACCGCGACAACAAUGGAGUGGAAACCGAUGGAAAUAAACCCCGAGAUGCUGAAUAAGGUGCUGAGUAAGCUGGGUGUGAAGCCAGACUGGCGCUUUGUGGAUGUGUUAGGCUUGGAGGAUGAUGCCAUUGCUGGAGUGCCCACGCCCUGCUGCGCCCUGAUGCUCCUCUUCCCAUUGACCCAACAGCAUGAGGAGUUUCGCUCCAAGCAGUCAGUUGACCCAUGUAAGGACGUCUACUUCAUGAGUCAGACGGUGGUCAACUCCUGCGGGACUGUCGGAUUACUGCAUGCCGUAGCCAACAAUAAGGAUAAACUUGGCUUCGAAGGUGAUUCUACCUUGAAGAAAUUUCUAGAAGAAACCACUGGAUUGUCCCCUGAUGAGCGAGCCAAAAAGCUGGAGCAAAAUAAGGCAAUCCAAUCAGCUCAUGAUGACGUUGCUGCAGAGGGACAUUGUCGUCCAGAAGCUGACAACGUGAACUUCCACUUCAUCACGUUUGUCAACGUAAAUGAUCAGGUUUAUGAACUUGAUGGUAGAAUAAAGGGGCCUGUGAACCAUGGUGCAACAAGUUCAACCAGCUUUGUCAUGGAUGCUGCAAAGGCGUGUCGUGAAUUUACAGAGCGAGAGAAAGGGGAGGUGCGAUUCUCCGCUGUGGCGCUCUGUAAGGCCUGAAGAUGAGCCUUACACUGACUGACCAAAACCACCCCCCCACCCCCCCUUUCAGGCCAGAGCACAUCAAUCCUGUGCAGUUUUCGCACUGCCUGCUUCUGAAUUUCACACAACUAAUGGAUCAUUUCUCUGUAUCUGACUCUUCAUAACUGCCAGGCUUCUGUUCUGUUUGUACGUUAUUUGUAGUAUUUGCACAAGUUGACACGUUCUUGUGAUCGGUUCUGUUCUGAAUUGGUUUUCAGCUUGUGAUCUUUAAUGCUGAUUGGGUCCGAUUUUUGGAUGUAAACUUCACCAGGUAUUGUGUAAUCUGGUGUACAGCGCUUUGCUAAUCUAGCUGUAAGAAAAGAGAGGGGGGUUUCAGUGAUGCUGUUCAGCACAAAUAGUUCCAAUUGUUGCUAAUAGAGGGGAUCUCUAUUGCUGUGGUUACUGCUAAUGUAGUUUAACAAAAAAUAAAUGUGAAGAAAAUCUA